AGAAAGGCAGUACCUUAUUUGGUAGGAAAUAGGCGUGGAGGACUGAAGCGAGUCCCGUUAAGGAAGAGAACAUCUGGGCAGCGUCACAGGAGAGGGGCUCGAAUCUCAUUUGUGAUCAAAACUGGGGAAAAAGUGGAACGAGUCUGUACAAGAAUCACCAGAAGGACACACAUCGCACUCCUUUGACGUCCAAAAGCUUCUCCAAUCAUGCCUCUAGUGGUCUUGAAGACUUCCCGUCUCAUGUGGGUGCGUUUAGCCGCUCUAGUGUUCACUUGUGUGGCAUUUAGCGUGGCGGCCCACGCCGGGGCGGUCAACGACGGCAUGUACGACUGGAGCAUCUUCUGCUGGGCUUUCAGCUUCGCCGGGACCCUGCUGGUUUUGGUGGUGGAGCUCAUGGGUCUCCAGUCUCGCGCCCCCGUGUCCUGGAAAAACUUCCCUAUUACUUUUGCCUGCUACGCUUCACUUCUUUGCCUGUCGGCGUCCAUCAUCUUCCCGCUCUACUUCCUGAAGGGCCAAACGGUGGGCAGUGAGGCGCGAGACCUCCGAAUCGUCUCCACGGUCUUCUCCUGCCUGGCCACCGUGGCGUAUUUCGUCGAAGUGAGUCUGACGCGAGCGCAACCAGGCGAAGUCGCCGGGUACAUGGCCACGGUUCCAGGCCUGCUUAAGGUUUGCGAGACUUUCGUGGCCUGCGUCAUAUUCGUGUUCAUCAGCAACCCCGUCUCUUAUGACGAUCAACCGGCUCUGAAGUGGUGCAUGGCCGUCUACUGCAUCUGCUUCGUGAUUUCGGCGGCCAUCGUGGUCAUGUGCGUCGGCGAAUGCACCGGGUUCCUUCCGUUCCCGUUCGCACGCUUCCUUUCCGCCUACGCUCUGCUGGCGGUCAUCAUGUACCUCACCGCCACCAUCAUAUGGCCAAUCUUCAAGUUCGACAGCCGUCAUUCGGGGAGGUCAAGCCGACCGGACUACUGCCGAAGCUCUUCUGGUUUGUGUCCGUGGGAUAAACUGGUGGCUGUGGCUGUUCUCACCGCUCUCAACUUCCUGAUCUACCUGGGGGAUCUGGUGUAUUCUGCCCGACUGGUGUUUGUCACGGUGUGAGAGAGCAAACGGUUGUCUUUUCCCUGACACUGAGGAGAUCUUUGAAAGAUAAAGAUUUUUUUGCAGGCUGUGCUUCAAUGAGUUUUAGCUUUUAUUCCAAGUAUCUGGAGGAGGAGGAAAAUGUUUAGUGAAUAAUGGUGCGUUCAGAAAGAUUGUAUUUAUGAGUUUAACACACAUGAACGCAUCCACAAAGUAGUAAUUAUGAAUGGGAAACAGUGUUAUUUUAGUCUUGUUGAUAUAUAAACAUUACAUUAGAAAUAUUGCCUUGGCAGCUAGCUAAGUUUAGUCUAAGAUUUGGUUAACAAUAUUUUUUUAGCAGGAUUUUUUUAAGCCCCGAGUUUCCGAAGUGGCGGACACAACAGAUGCAGUGUCUGUUUUCAUGAAAAAGUUGUUGAAAUAAAUUCAUUUAUUUUUAUUUGUACACUAAAACUAGUCAAGUUGCAUGAACAAAAUACAAUAGUAUUGUUCAUUAAAGAUAUAAAAUGCAACAAUUUAGUUUACAAUUGGGAAUUAAAAAGGCAAAAACACAAUUAAUGCACAUUCGUUAUACAUCAUUUUGUAGAAGUAGAGUUGCUUUUCAUAGAUAAGGUACAGUGAUUUGAAUGCACCUGACAUCAUAAUUACAAUUCCCAGCUCAUAAAUAUGAACUCCCCAGGAGGACUUGAACGUACCAUUAAUUGUAUUUUUAAUGUGGUCAGUGCAUUUUCUGAUUGUGCCAUUGCUGCCUUAUGAUGGCGUAUCGCAUCCACGUCGCUGUGUUGAACUACUGUACAUUUAUGUGCUGUUCUAUGUGCCUUGAAAUAUAUGUUUGUCACAUGUAAGCAUUAUGGAAGGUGGACGGGGCCAAAAGUAUUUAAACGGACCGCAUGGAAUUUUUCUGUGGAAUUUGAAUGUGCACUGUUUGUCCACAUUUAGAUGUUAAUUUUGAAUUUGUUUCUUUUGCAUGUGUAGAUACGCAUUCUGGUCGUGUUAUAAUGUCUGAUGUUCGCAUACGUGCAUACCAGUGUACAAUUACAUCAUCCUUCAUGAAAAAAACAUAAUGUCUGAUGUUUGUAUAUCAUCUUGUGAUAUAUGCAAAUAUAGUCUCAAAUACAGCAAUUUCAUCGGCUGUUGUGCAUGUUGUAGCGUUAAUGCGAAUGACACAAUCAGAUUUCACGUGCUCCUUUUAAAGACUUUUGACCCCUUCUGCCUUCCAUAAAGUGUUAUCAUUGUCACAUUUCAUCAGAGUAGCAUUUCAGCCAGGUCUGUGUUCAUGUGUUAUACUGAAAGUGAACAAUUCCAGAGCAAUUCCUUUUUUAUAUUAUUUUCUAUAAUAUUGUCAAAUGUAUCAAGAACAAAUAAAGUUUCACUGUGAUCUGAA